AGUCCACUCCAGUCCACUCCAGUCCAGCCAUCAUGGCCAUCUCCCCCAGCGUCGUCGACAAGCUCGUGGUCCAGACCAGGGCCGACCCCGAGCUCCCGCGGGCCAACCCGACCACGUCCUUUUGGCAGAUGCCGCCGCACCCCAGCAUGUCCAACGUGCGGUCCGACGAGCUGCCCUCCGCCGUGGACCUGGCCAUCAUCGGCUCGGGGGUGACGGGCUGCAGCGUGGCCAAGCACUACCUCGAACACCCCGGCUCCGGGUCCGGGUCCGUCGCCGUCCUCGAGGCCCGCACUCUCACCAGCGGCGCCACCGGCCGCAACGGCGGGCUCUUGACCAACCACGUGCCCGGUCACUACAGGUUACUGAGCGAGAGCUUUGGCCAUGACGAGGCCGUCAAGAUUGCCCGCUUCGCCAACCGCACGCUGGAGAAGAUGCACGCCCUCGGCAACUCGUCCGACGAGUUCCGCGAGGCCAGCGUCGUGCGCCGCCUCCUCGACGUCAUCUGCUUCGACGACGAGGCGUCCUUUGCGCAGGCCAGUGAUUCGUUUCGGCUGUACGAGGAGCACGUCCCCGAGGACCGGGGCAAGACGAGGUUCCUCACGGCCGACGAGGCCGCCUCAACGUACCACGUCGUGGCCAAGGCCGGCGCCAUCGUCUUUCCCAACGGCGCUCUAUGGCCAUACCGCCUCAUCACGAGGGUCUGGGCGCAGCUGUACCAGCAGCACCGCUCGCGACUCUCCAUCGACACCAACACGCCCGUCACGGCCGUCGCGCACGACCCCAGCCACGCGACGCACCCCUACAUCCUCGACACAGGCCGCGGCGCCGUGCGGGCCAAGCGGGUCGUGCACGCGACCAACGGCUUCACCGGCCACCUGCUGCCGGCGCUGCGAGGCAAGAUCUUCCCGCUCCGCGGCACCAUGUCGACGCAGGUGGCGCCACCCGCGUUCGGGCGGCGCGGCCACGAGGUGACGUGGACCAUGGUCAACUCGGGCGUCUUCGACGACGCCGCCGACGCCUUCGAGAUCGGCCUGUACUACUCCAACCAGAACCCCGACACGGGCGACAUCUUCAUCGGCGGCGAAAAGGUCCGGCUGGACGAGCUGCUGGUCAGCGACGACACCGAGGUGCGGGCGCCGUGCCGCGACAACAUCGCCGCCGUCCUGCCGCGGUACCACACGCGCGGGUGGGCCGACGGCCGGGCGCCCGAGGUGAAGAAGGUCUGGUCGGGCAUCAUGGGCUUCACGGCGGACCGCCUGCCCCUCGUCGGGCGGCUGCCCCGGAGCGCGACGAGGCGCGGCGGCGACGACGAGUGGAUCGCCGCCGGCUUCAACGGCUUCGGCAUGCCGCUGUGCUGGUCGAGCGGCGAGGCCGUGGCCCGCAUCAUGCUGGGUGACGACGACGACGACGACGACGUCGACGACUUCCUGCCGGGCGCCUUCCUCGCGACCGAGGAGCGGCUCGACGACGAGGCGCGCAUGGCCACGAGGACGGCUCUGGAGCUGCUCCUGGGCGGGCACCCAUAACGUGGCAGUAGAGGAGGGUCGUGACAACCCCAUAUUAUUAGGUAUGCUCGAUGCAGUGUCGGUACCAAGUAUGUACCGUUUGUACGUAGGUG